AGUAUGGAAGAUACCAAGUCCGAGGCUCAUUUAACCUCUGCUUCAGCAUUUGUGGAAGGUGGAAUCCAGGAUGCUUGUGAUGAUGCUUGUAGCAUAUGCCUUGAAGAAUUUUGCGAAAGCGAUCCAUCCACUAUGACAAGCUGCAAGCACGAGUUUCAUCUGCAGUGCGUUCUUGAAUGGUGUCAAAGGAGUUCUCAGUGCCCCAUGUGUUGGCAGCCAAUUAGCCUGAAAGAUCCAAUUAGUCAGGAGUUGCUUGAGGCCGUUGAACAUGAAAGGAGUUUUAGGUUCAAUCCAUCUAGAAAUGCAACCAUAUUCCAUCACCCGACUUUGGGGGAUUUUAACCUACAUCUGCCUGUGGGGGCAAAUGAAGCUGAGCUCGAGGAGCGGAUAAUGCAGCACUUGGCUGCUGCUGCUGCAAUGGGGCGAGCACGUCACAUUACAAGAAGGGAAGGUCUGAGGAAUAGGUCAUCUGCUCAAGCUUGUCCACGGUUCUUGGUAGUUUCAUCUCAUCCGAACUCUCCCUCUACUAGUCCUUUUUCAUCAUCCCCAACUCACAGAGAUGGUGAGCCAGCCCCUGCAAAUACCGUUGGCUCUCCAUACUCUCAAGAGAGAACUGCGGGGGGAGAAUCUUCAGUAUCAAUUACUCCUAUACCUUCUGUGCAAGCUGAUCAACAGUCCUCUUCAGCAUCUGGCUCCAGUGUUCUUUUGGUCAAUGAUCAAGGCUUGAACAAUAGGUCUCCUAAUCAAUCUCCUAAUAGUCAUGAUAGAGCAGGACCUUCAGAAUUCCAGUCAUUUUCAGAAUCAUUAAAGUCAAAGUUUAAUGCUGCUUCAAUGAGAUACAAGGAGUCAAUUUCAAAGAGUACAAGGGGGUGGAAAGAGAGGUUUUUCUCUCGCAACACUUCCAUGUCAGAUCUUGGUUCUCAAGUUAGGAGAGAGGUUAAUGCUGGCAUUGCAACAGUCUCGCGAAUGAUGGAGCUUUUAGAAACCCGAGAUAAUAGAACUAGCAUGGCUACUGUAUCAAACAGUUCAGAAGACAGGUCUAAUCCAGAAUCAAAUAGUCAACAGAUUUCCAGUGCUGGUGGAGAAGCUACUCCGACUGAAACCAGUGCACUAGCUUCUUGUGCCACAAGUUCUGCUUCCAAAUAAGUGACAUAUUCGUAU